AUGAAGUGGCUUGGGAUUCUCGGGCUGGUGGCCCUCUCAGAGUGCCUAGUCAUAAUCCCUCUAACGAAGAUCAAGGCCAUGCAAGAAACCCUCAGGGAAGAAAACCUCCUGACACAUUUCCUGGAGGAGAACACUGACCACAGGUCCCAGAAUGCCACUGAUGACCCGACAACUACUAUUCAACCCCUGAGAAACUACCAGGAUAUGUGCUAUAUUGGCAACAUCAGCAUUGGAACACCCCCUCAGGAGUUCAAGGUCAUCUUUGACACUACUUCACCUUGCAUGUGGGUUCCUUCCAUCCACUGCUCCAGUCCCUCCUGCCGUACACACAAUCUCUUCAACUAUCAGCUGUCCACAAGCUUCUGGCCCACAGCCAUGAAGGUCAACAUCAAAUAUGGCACUGGGAGAAUUGAUGGAGUUGUUGUUUAUGACACCGUUCGGAUCAUGAACAUUGUCGACCUGAGCCAGACAUUUGUCCUGAGCUUGAACCAGAGUGGGUUGGAUCAUGCAAGCUUUGAUGGUGUCCUGGGCUUGGCCUAUCCCAGCCUUGGUCCCAAAUCGAUCACCCCUGUUUUCGACAACCUGAAGAACCGACUCAUCAUUUCUGAGCCUGUCUUUGCCUUCUACUUGAGCACCAGGAAGGAGAAUGACAGUGUGGUGAUGUUUGGUGGGGUGGACCACAGCUACCACAAAGGACAGCUCAAGUGGAUACCAGUGUCCCAAAACCGCUUCUGGCAGAUAACCAUGAACCGCAUCCUCAUAAAUGGGAAGAUGGUUGCUUGUAAACGUCGAUGCCAGGCCAUUCUGAAUACUGGGACUACAUUGCUGCUUGGCCCAACUAAACUGGUCACCACCAUCCAGAAUCACAUCACCGCCAGGGCUUUUGGUGAAGAGUAUCGGGUUCCAUGUAGCAACAUCUCAAGCCUGCCAGCUAUAGUUUUCAUCCUCAAUGACAGUUACUACCCAGUGCCUGCUGAAGCCUACAUCUGGAAGGGUCCUUAUAACAUCUGUGUCAGCCUGUUUCGAGGGGGCACAGAGACCUGGAACCGGUCAGAGACCUGGGUCCUGGGUGAUGCCUUCUUGCGGAUGUAUUUCUCGGUUUAUGAUCGGAGAAGCAACAGGAUUGGCCUGGCUCCCGCCGUGUAA